AUGUCGUCUGCUUCCAUUACGAUCGAUCCUAAUGGAGACGUCGUGAUCGUGUUGAGAGCUCCUCAGCACGAGGAUGCGAACACUCCCAAAGCCGUUACGCCGCCUACCGUUGAGACAACAGUGGAUACAACCGCUGAAGAUCCCUCUGUAGCGCCUGAAAAGACGCCAACCAAAUCGCCCGCCAAGACAUCUUCGGAAACAUCUACUGAGACGCCUACCGAGACGCCAAUUCAGGCGACUACCGAGACGGCUACAGAGACUACUGCCAAGUCUGUCGAGGAUGAUGCCACCCAGAGUACUUCUCCAACACCUGCCGAGGCCCCUACAGAAACAUCCACAGAGACAUCAGCUGAGCCGUCUACAUCGUCACCUACUGAGACGCCUGCAGAGACGCCCGCAGAGACACCUUCCCAAACGCCGUCUAUCGGCACAAGAUCUGAGUCUAAUGAGACUACCCAGACUGUCACCCAAAAUGCCCAAAACCAGCCUACUGAGAGACACUUCAUCUGCUCAAAAAAGCACAUCACAUUCGCAUCACGCCGCGCAGCAAGACAACUCACAGAAGACAAAUGGACGUUGGACAAAGACUUCCCUCUGGAACCCUUGACUAUCGUUCUCAAGAUCAUCCACGGCAAAACUCGCGACAUUCCCGAGACUGUGACCUUGGAUCUUCUGGCCGAUAUUGCUUCUAUCGUGUAUUACCUGGAAUGCCACGAUGCUCUUACCUUCUUCGGCAGAAACUGGCUUUCGCGUUACUCUACUAUCAACCUUCUCUGCUUUAUGGAUAAGACGCUGGCUCAGCUUAUCCAUAUUUCUUCUGUCUUCGAGAAUGCCUCUCUUUUCGAGAAUGUUACCAGGAUCGCUAUUAAGAGUAGUUCUCAAGUUGUGCCGACCUAUAACCUACCAAUACAGUCGGAUAUUCUGGCUGCUAUCGGAAGCAAAAGCUCGGCUCUCAUCAAAAUCCUUAUUGACGGGCUUAUCGACAUCCAGUCAAAGCUACUGUGUCAAAAGCUUGGCUGUAGUUACGGCUGCAGAUCUAUGUUGUUGGGAUCUUUGAUGCAAGCGAUGAACGCAGCCUCCAUCUAUCCACCACCCGCACCACCAAGCCCCUUCUUGAUCCUUGGCAGUGUCAUAUUCUCGUUACGCUCAGCUCUCUCUCCCAAAUACUUCAGUUCCGAUACCGAUGGACCGUCCUCUCAACAUUCGGGCAAGUGGACUCUAACAAUGUGGCCCGAGCAGAAGGUUCAGCCAACCGGGGAAAAGGCUCCAGCUUCCAAUCUUUUUGGCACUACGCCGGCGACAGCGCCUGCAACAACAUCGAACCUGUUUGGCCCAAAGGUUACAGUCGCCGCUACUCCGCCCGUAGAGUCUGCUAGUAACAUUUUUGGUCCAAAGCCUACUGCCGCUGCUACUCCGUCUACAGGUUCUGCUAAAAACAUGUUUGGCCGGCCUAUCGCCGAAGCCAAGGGCAGCGGUACAUCGAAUAUCUUUGGUCCAAAGUCUACACCCGCAACAAAGGUGAAUGAUAAGCCUGUUUCCCAACCAACAGGUACCGGGUUUUAUGGUGACACGACUACUAGUGAUCCAGAUCAGCCGUGGGCCAUUGUUCGACAUCAUUGCUGUUUGCAGGACUUUAUGCAUCCGCUGUUGGAUGAAGUGGAGGCUAAGAUUGCAGGGCUGAAGCUUGCGGACUUUGCGCGACCUUAG